ACCUCUGGCAAUUCCAAAACCGCCGCAUCUAAUCUUAGAUUCAUCUCUUCAAAUCUAAUUGGAUUGAUUGGAUCUUAUAAGAUUUGAGGUUCAGUUUUAGGGUUUUUUGAGGUUCUUGUUUCUGAUUCUUAAACAGUAUUGUGUGAAUGAUGAGAAUAUGAAAUUUACAGUUAUCCCUGUCUGAGUAAAGCAGUGCUGAUUUUUCCAAAUCUCUGACACCAAUUUUGAUUGAAGUUUUAAUCGAAUAGCCGGUGAUGAUAGUUUUAAUAUGGUUGACAGAAAUGCAAUAUGUUCAGAAAAUCAUGAGCUAGGACGGUCUGAGGCUUUGAUUUGUUUUUGCAUCAUUCUUGUAUCGAUUUGAUUUGAUUGAAUAAUUUUGAUUUGAGAUCUUGCCUCUGUGAUGAACUAUACAUAAUUUAAGUUUCAGCCUUGUCUGAAUAAACAAUAAUGUUGAAAUCUAGUAUUUGUUCUGAGGGUGAAUGUCAAUCAAUCAGAUAGUUUAUUGAAUUGAGUUUUAUUUGUUUGGUUUUUAUACUGUAUUGCGCAAAUCUGAUUUUUUCCUGAUUUGUAUAACUUCUUUUGAUUGAGUUGACAUACCAGAGGAAGAUUGUGGUUUCUAAUAUGAUCAAUUAGAGUGAAAAUUGGUUUCUAAUAUAUUAGGAUUGUUUGUGAUAUGUGAAAGCUGUGUCUGAAUUGUAGGUAAAGAAAAGUGCACUCGUGAAAAUUUGGUUUGGUUUUGAUGGAUCAGUAUGAAGAAAAGAUGUGUUUGUAUUCAUAAUCUUGUUUUCUUUUUCCUAGACAAAAUCUUGAUUUGUAUGUCGAAUUAUAUGAAUUGGGUUUUGCAAAUGGAUGUCCAUUUUGUUGGGAAAGAGUAAACAAGUUUAAGAGUAUAAACGUUAUAUAUUUAUUUAGUAAUCAUUUGGAUGUCCAUGUAUCUAUUUCGCCAUCAUUUUGUUUUCUGUAAAUUCAGAGAUACUAUGGCUCACUAGCAUAUUCUGACUCACACUUCUAGCGUAACAACAAAAUCCAUGUACAUAUUGCAUGAGUUAAAGCCAUUAUCCCUAAACGAGUUCACCGGAAUUUAUAGGGCGCUCCCCGGAAUCGAAUUUUCCGUUCCUUGGACUUAAGAUUAUCCGUGGUGGAAAUUUGGCUAGGUCCCUCUAAAGUCGAAAAAGGACAUUUUUGACCAUGUCUAUUUGUCCCUAUGCAAUAACUUGACCCACCAGUCUCAGGUUAAUCAUAACUUUUGCCACCUCGUUCUCUCCACCCAAUUUCUGCACCAGAAAAUUCAGAAUCAAAAUAUAUCUCCGGAAGAAGAAGAAGAGUAAGCAAGCAUUUCUUUUUCAGGAAAUGGAAGAAUCUGUCUCUAGAGCAUUAAUGGAGUCUGAUUUUGUGGAAACUAAAGUAUUAGAAGCGUUGAUUGGUGCGUUUAGUUCAACAUUCUCUCUUAGAGAGAUAGCUUCUGCUUAUUGCAAAGCUGGUUGUAACCCAGACAUGGCAGCUCAAAUUCUUUAUGAUGGUGCUGAAAAGCUAAACAAGAACUACUCUAAUGCUGCCCUUGUCGUUAGCACAACUCAAUGCGAAACAAGUUGUAUAUCAUCAUCAGCUUCGUGUGAAGGUGUUGCUCACAAGACAAAUUGUGCAGAUAAUAGGAACUCUAUGGCAUCAAAAGCGACAAAGAUGGCUGUUUCAAUUGGUUGUGCUUCUGGUGUUAUCGGUAAGGGGUAUGGGAUGCCCAACACACCUGCUUGGAGUCCCAGGAGCUGCAUAUUGUGUGGGAGUGUUGCUAACAAGCCAAAUUGGGGUGAAAACAAGGGUUCAAAGGUUUCAAAACCGGAAAGCCGGCCUUGUCUGCUGGUAGUGCUUCUGGUGAGGGAUAUGUGAUGCGCAACACACCUGCAGAUGGUCCCGUGAGUACAAAUGAACCAUUGGAAUGGGAUAUGAAGGACCUUCCGAUUGAUGAACUCAUAGAUGAAGAUGUUUCAUCAGAUUCAACAGCAAAGGAGGACCAAAUGCAUACAGAACCAGGGAAGAUUUUUGUGGGUGGAAUGUCAUGGGAUACCGAUGAAGCUACUUUGAAAGAUCAUUUUAACAAGUUUGGUGAAGUGGUGGAGACUAAUAUUCUGAUAGACAGGACUACAGGUUGUUCAAGAGGUUUUGGGUUUGUUCGCUUCUCAGAUAAAUCUGUAGCUGAUAAAGUUCUUUUAGAAAAACAUGUCAUUCUUGGAAAAAAGGUAGAUGUGGGAAAAGUAGUGCUAAAGCAUAAUAAUCCUUGCGAUCGAAAGGGUUUUAAUAAGAGUAACGGUAAUAAUGGUCAGUUUAGGACAAAGAAAUUUUUGUAGGUGGUUUAUCUCCGAACCUGACUCGGGAGGAGUUCAAAGCUUAUUUUGAGAAGUUUGGUAAAACUACCGAUGUUGUUAUUGUGUAUGAUUUUUUAACACAUAUACCCAUGGGUUUUGGUUUUAUCACUUUUAAUUCUGAGGAAGCUGUAGAGAAUGUAAUGCAGAAGAGGUUUCAUGAGUUGAAUGACAAAGUAGUUGAGGUUAAGAGAGCUGUUCCUAAAGAUGUGAGUAAUAAUGGUCACAAUGGUGGUUAUAAUAUGAGAAUUAACGGCGAAAGAGGAGGAUCUCUUUUUCUUGGUGGAGAAGGUGCUUGCAGGCCAAAUCGGGGUGCAGUUAAGGGUUCAAUGGCAUCAAAACCGAAAAAACUGGCCUUGUCAGAUGGUAGUGCUUCUGGUAAAGGGCAUGCAAAGCGCAACACACCUGUGUAUCGUCCCGUGAGCGCAACUAAACCAUUGAAAUUGGAUAUCAAGGACCUUCCGAUUGAUGAACUCAUAGAUGAAGAUGUUUCAUCAGAUUCAACAGCAAAGGGGGUCCAAACACAUACAGGUGCUUGUGGCCAUGAUGCGGAAAUGGUGUGGUGAACUAUGGAGGAAGUUAUUUUAAGAUAUAUGCGACGACGAAGAGAUGCGUUACAUCCUCCACGCUAUGACAAUGUUACUGGUCGAGAUGCUGAAAUCUUGUAUCAGGUCUUGGCGCAAGAGUUGCAUGAUUUGCAAACUGAGAGGGGUCUAGGCAGAGAGGUGACCAAACGAAAUAGACGCCAGGUAAGAGCGAAAAAUGAAGAACUGAAGCAGGUGUUAAAUUUUCUUAAAGAACAAAGUGGACGAAGGUUACAAUGGCAAAGAGAAGAAGCUCAACAAAGGAUGACUUAUCUUCAAAACGAGGAUGGUCAGUAUGUUAGAUCUUUAGCAAUCAGCAAUGACAUGUUAGCAAGAAACGAACAACGAGAAAGAGACGUGAAGAUAAUGGCCAUUAAUAUGGAUACAUUGGCUGAGAAUGACAAGAUGGUCAUUAGAGAAAUGAAAAAUGAAAUUAUGAUUCGUCAUGGCCAUAGCCAGCGCUGUUGAACCACUUGACAGUUAUUUGCAUUAAUUUGUAGUUGUAAGUUUAAGUAUUUAAUUUCUAGUGUUGCAUUAAGUUAUUUGCAUUGCGUUAAGUUAUUUGGAUUGUAUCAUUGUACCCCAUAGCCGUAAAGAUGUUGACUAAUGAACUUGUUUUCAACUUAGUAGCA